AUGACCAAGCUCGUCUACAUCGCGCUGGUGUUGGCCUGUGCCACUCUGACCAUCGUCCAUGGUCAGUACAAGACGGACGUACAGUGCACAACUCUGAACGAAUGCAUCUGCAAGCUGCCGCAGAUCAUUGGUGCGGUCGCAGGUCGCAAGGCAACCGCCAACAUCCGCAACCCGACCAACGGCCAGACGUAUGUGGUAGACCUCUCUAAGCCAUCGCAGGCCGUCACUGAGUACUGCAGCAAGGUGAAGCAGGGUCUAAAGCCCGCACUACCGUUCAAACCAGUGAACGUGGCCAAACUUGACCAGAUCAAAGCCCUUUUGAGCCAACGAGCUACGGCUAUGAAGGGUUAA